AUGUCUUCCACUUGCGCCACCAUCUUCGAGUGUGUCCCUGUCUCCACCCUCGCCGAGUCCACCUCGCAGAUCCACAUUCAAAGCCCUUCCUCCACCAACCUCCCCAACGUCGAGUACACCUACGACACCGAUGUCUCGGACAACAACUCCUACUACGCCCCUGAAAUUGCCCAAUCCCGUGCACUCACUCCAGUCUCCCACGAGAACACCAUCUCCGUCGACAAAAACUCAGAGUCCCACUGGGACUGGAGCAAUGCCAGUGCGGAAGAAAUUGAGCGAAAGUACCAGGAGACCACCUACCUCCAGCGAAUCACCGAGAUUCGCAACAACUACAGCACCAUCAAGCUCCUCAUGCAACUUGCCCAGGAACAGGACAAUGCCACGAAGAUAUUUGCAAGGACUGUCACGAGCUUCCACGCUCUCAAUGAAAAUUUCACCGACACUCAUCGCAACGCUGCAGACCUGGACCAGCCAUCCUCUUCGCAGAACUCAGCGUCUCCUCCAUCAUAUGAGUCCGACAGCCACCUCUCCACCAAGAAGUUGGUCCGUUUCAUUUCCAACAACAAAUCCCUCGACACCAUCGAUUCCGGAUGGAUGUCUCCGAGCGCUCUCUCGGAUUGGACAACUCCUGCGAAGGUUUCACGGAGGCAGCUCAAGCGCGAACGCCACCGCCACAACAAACAAUCAAAGCCACUCAUAGUCAUCAAGAAGGCUCUCGAAGAGGCAGUCGCAGAAGUUCAAGAGGAGAUCUGGGCCCUUAACUAA